UAAACCUUACGUCCAUCGUAUAAAAGCUCUGCACAUUCAACAACCGCGAAAGUAAAGGCAACGAAGACCUUCUCCGACAACUGCCUCUUAAACUUUCCGAUCCAACCCAAAGGUAGGAGAUAUAGGACUCUUGGAAUAGUUUUGGACAGCUACAAGGCAAGGAUUACUGCAUAUACUAUCGGUCAGACCGUUUUUAUGUCUGAAUUGGUUGUAUUUACAUCAGAUAGGAGAUAUGGGACACUUGGGAUAGUUUUGGACAGCUACAAGGCAAGACGUACUGCAUAUACAAUCGGUCAGACCAUUUUUAUGCCUGGAGUGCAGUAUUCGAGUAAGAUAUCUUGGUUAUAUUUUGGUCACUAAUGUGGCCUUUGUAUGUUCUCUUCAACAAAUUUUUGAAAGCGGAAGAAGAAAAUGCUCAUCGAUCAAUUGGAGAUGAAUUGAGUUUGGUUGAAUCCUACCCAUUUGGGCAGUCGUUGAGUAAUGAGAAAAGCAAUUGUUCAUUCUUGCACCGCUCACACUUUGUUGAAGUCCCGCACAUAAACCAGCUACAAACUUGGGAUUGUGGUCUUGCUUGUGUUUUGAUGGUUUUGAGAACCCUCGGCAUCAACAACUGUAAUAUUCAGGAACUGGGGGACCUAUGCUGUACAACUAGUAUUUGGACGGUUGAUCUGGCGUAUUUGCUGCAGAGAUUUUCUGUUAAUUUUUCUUACUUCACUGUAACUUUAGGAGCAAACCCAAACUUUUCUGUGGAGUCAUUUUAUAAGGAGCAAUUGCCUAAUGAUCUAGUGCGAGUAGAUAUGCUAUUUCAGAAAGCACUGGAAGCUGGAAUAGAUAUACAGUGCAGGUCAAUCAGUGGAGAAGACAUAUCUUUAUUGAUCUUGUCAGGCAAAUAUAUUGCGAUUGCUUUAGUUGACCAGUUUAAAUUGGGUCGAUCUUGGCUAGGGGAUGUUUGUGUUUCAGACUUCUCUGGUGGCAGCUCGGGCUACACUGGUCAUUAUGUUGUAAUAUGUGGCUAUGAUGCCAUUACAGAUGAGUUUGAGAUUAGAGAUCCAGCCAGCUCCAGGGAACGUGAGUGCAUCACAUCAAAGUGUCUACAGGAUGCCCGCAAAUCCUUUGGUACAGAUGAGGAUCUUCUCUUGGUAAUCAAGUACAUCUUUACCAAUUAAUCAUCCAUUGUGUAUCUCAUAAAUAUCUUUGGAACGAGAAUGAAUUAGGACGGCCUUUCUGAACAACACUCCCAACAUGUUGCUAUUUAUACUCAGCAUUCUUUCUUGUUUUGAUCGGCUAGUCGGAUCAUGUCUUCCCUGUAUUAAUGUUUAUUAUUUUGUAUAUAAUAUGGGGCAAUAUUAGUGUGAAAUGUUGAUAAUACCUGUAUUGAUCACUAGAUGUGGUGGUAAUGCAAGGCUCAAUUCAUGUGUAUUCAAUUUAUACAUCAUUGGAAUAGUAUUGUGUAUAGAAGUUUUCAUAUUUCAAGUUGGCACUUGAAAUGUUGUAUUGUCAAACAAAUUUCAGAAGCUCGAACGAAUUGCUCCACAAAAACAAAAUCAAGAUUAUGAUGAGUUGGUUUUC